AUGGCCGACUCUGCCUCGACAACGCCACUUUCGCUAGAGGAACUGAUUGCAAGCCACCGGAAAAUACUACAAGCGCUCUACACCGCCCUCUCGCCGUCCCCUCAACCCCUCAUCGACACCCACCUCACCUCCCUUCACUCGACUCUCUCCCAAGCGGUCGCCUCACAGCGAACGACAGCCGAGGCAGAGGUCGCAGACGCUGAGGCGCGGCUAUCAGCAGGAUGGCGACGAGUGCAUGACUGGCAGACGGCUCUGGGGGAACCGCUGCGCCAGGAGAAGAAGCGAGGCGACGGACCGCUGUUGUCGCUCGUCGAGGAGGUGGACCAGAUCAAGGAGGGCAUGAAGGGACGGAUGGAGGAGCGUGGGAAGCGGAUACUGCAACUGCAGGCGAAGCUAAGGGAGUUGAGCGAGGUCGUCGGGAAGGACUGGCUUCAGGUCGAGUUGGAGGCGGCCGCGGCCGAAGGCAAGUGGGAGGACCUUAACCUCAAGCUCGACAGGAUGGGCGCGCUCGAGCGGGAACUGUUGAGAUGCGAGGCCGAGAUCUCUCACCGGAAAGAACUGCUCAACUCGCACGCCUCCGAGGUGUUUGCUCUGCGGUGCGAGCUCGGCAUCCAUCAGGCGGAAGAGGGCAAUCCAGGCGGAGACCCGCUCGACGAGGACAUCUUGUGGCAUCUCGGUGUGGGCGAGGCGCGACAGCCCAAGCGGGAGAUGCUGCCGACGGCGGAGAACGUGCAGCGCGUUGAGGCGAAGCGGAAAUGGCUUGAAGACGAGAAGGACUCGCGCAACAUGCUCAUCCAGACGACGUACGACAAGCUCUACCCGCUUUGGACGAUGCUCGGCGUGACGGAGGAGGAGAUGGAGGACUUCGUCAAUCGACACAUGGGCUCGACGCAGGACGUGGUCAACGCCUAUCAAGACGAACUCAACCGCAUGCUCACGCUCAAGCGAAGCAACAUGUCGACCUUCAUCCAGCGCGAGCGCGAGGCCAUGACCGCCUUGUGGGACCGCCUUUACGUCUCGUACCCUCAACGCCUCGCUCAAUUCCCGGCAUACUCGAUCAGCGUCGAGCCGACGAAAGUCUGGAACGCCGCGCACGGUUACGACGAGGAGGUCGUCAACGACAACGUCUCGGAGGAACUGCUGGUCGCGCAUGAGCGGGAAAGGGAGCGGCUGGAGAAGGAGGUCGAGGAGGCGGCGCCGGUGUUGGAGCGACUGGCGAAGUACUUCGCUGUCGUCGAGAAGAUGAAGGAGCUCGAGGCUGCCGCGGCAGAUCCGAGUCGCUUGAUGGACAAGAGUCGCGGCGCGGCGAAGCGAUUGGCGCAAGAAGCGAAGGACCGGAAACAGGUCGACCGGGAGAAGCCGAGGCUCGAAGCGGAACUUCGCGCCCUCAUUCCGCAAUGGGAAGCGGAGAACGGACGGCCGUUCCUCGUCAAUGGCGUCUCGUUCAUCGACGGCCUCGACGAGCAGAUCCGGGCGGAGGAGCUCGAGAAGGAGAACAAGAAGCGAGCCAAGAUGGGCAUGUCCGCCUCAGCAGCACGCCCUCUCAAGCCGCAACACACCGGCGCAGCCGCCCCUGCACCGCUCAAGCGCCAGAUGACGGGCGCCUCGGCACGCUCAACCAGCUCGUCGACCUCAACGGGUCCGCCCGCCGCGAAGCGUCUCGCCGCCGGAUCUGUUGCACCCACACCGGCCGCCGCCCGCAUCGCACGACCAAAGUCGGUACUCGGCGACGCCAACGGUUUGCACUACACGCCGUCCGCGACACCUGCACCGCUCAAGCCGCAAAUGACCGGACGAGCAAGAUCCGGCACCCUGAGUGCAUCGGUUGCGCAAACUCCGCUUUCGGCUUCACAGUCGUCGAACGGGUCUAUGGCGUCCAGCGUCGGACUCGGCAUGCGGAUACCAGCAGGAUGGGGCGCGUCUGCGGCAGGGACAGGUAGUCCCGCCAUGUCGCCCACGCUCGGAACGGCUGGCGUCGGUGUCGGCGGCGCGCGCGGCAUGCUUCUUCCUCAGCCGACCGGCGGACACUUCAGGCCUAUGGGGCGAUGA